AUGAGCAAAUCACACAGCUAUGACCAUCCGGAUGCUGUAAGACCAGUCCGGUCUAAGUUCGGCUCCAUCAUCAGGUUAGCGCAGUAGUUGUCAUAGUUUUAGUCAUCGUCCGUUUAGUCUGUUUGUAAGAAGUUGUGACCUCAAUCACCUCUAUUAUCAUGACAGUCCUUCUUUAGUUUUAUCAGCAAUGUCGCGGUUAUAAGUAAUCCCGUAGUAAUCGUAAUAUCUUAGGAAGUUCCCUCGACUUCUCUUCCAGAUGGCAGGGAAGUACAAUAUAGAAGAAAAGGACAAGUCCAUCGCUUCGGCCUUGCCAGAGCUAGACCGUUAUCAGUUAUCACGUCAGGAUGCAUCAGUCAGCUCAAGGAAGAGUCCUCUAGGCAGGUAAGUACCAAGUUAUGUGAUUAUUGACCAAUUCAGAACUGAUGAAAUGCUGGUAGAGUUGGACGACGAAGACGGUGCAGACCUCCAACAACUCAACGGUCGACCACAAAGUGUACUAUCAAUGCCGUUCAGUCCUCGAAGUUUCGAUGAAACGACAGAGGAUGACCCUAUAGCACCAUUAAAAUGCAAAACAGCACUAGGUGUAUACAACACGAAAAGUCAGCCAUUGCCAGUCAAUGGCAAGAAACUUGACAAAACACAUAAUCAUGUAAACGGGCAUGUCCUUGUGAAUGGUUCAGCAUCAAUUCCUGAACUACAAUUCUCAUCAGACCAUAAUGUAGCCCCUUCUACCUCGGUCAACAUUACAGAAAACAAUACCUGGAAGACGGCCUCCUUUCGACCCACUACUACACAGAAUGGCAGACUGAAUGGAGUCAGAACUGAAGAAAAUCACUUCACAAGAACCUUCAGUUUAAGAGUAGACUGUCCUGCCGAGGACUCCAGAAGCCUAAACCACACACCGGCUAUUAGUCAGUCGGGGUCGAGGAAUGGGUUUACUAGUGCUAAUGGGAGUAUAGAAUCAUACGAUUCCAAUGUUUAUAGCAGUAACCUAGCCUACAGUCAUCAUGCAAUAGAAGCACGACUACAACCUUCAUUAUCUACCCCGGCACCAACAGAAAAUGGCACACAGACGCUACGAAAAGAAGAAUACAGGAGAUUCAAGAGCGAAGGUAAGCAAGACUACGAAAAACGGCUGUGUUAUCCAUUAUUGCCAGUUUUUCGAAAAUGUAGUCUUUUCGUCGUAAGCUGUUAAGCGCCUUAACAUAUACGUUAACACAAAAUUAAUGUAUUAGUUUUAGGAUCGACAGGAGGCAACGGGCACAUGCCUUCGACCGAGAUGGACAUACCUCUGGAGGACCUUUCCCCCAUAGCCGAUCGGGCUUCACCGUCAGGAAGACUGAACUUGUUUCAGGUACGCCUUUUGAGUACUAUUUUAAGGUCUUCUUUAAAUUAUAUAUAAGUUUGACUAGUAAAAACUACAUUUCUUAACCAAAAAAACCAAUUAUUUUAAUUGAAAGCUCAUUAAAAACAUUUCAGAAGUCACUUUUACAGAUUCAGGAUUCUGUAGUUAAUGGCCCGGUGCCAAAACAGUCGCAAACUGAACAGGUCAUGAUGAUGCAUGUGUUCAAGACCAAACUACAAAAAUACCAAACCUUCAUUGACCGGGCUUUCGAAUCGAUUCAGAAAGAACCAAAUGAGCAGAUUUUUGAAGGCUGUGCGAUUGUAGCUAAAGUGAUGACAAAAGCCUGGCUCACCCCCAAAAUAUCACAAGACUUGGCCAAAUCGUUAUGCGACUACUUGAGAGAGCAAAAGUACUUUGAUAUCCUCAUCGAACUCUUCAUCAAACAAGGAGUUUGUGAUUCCAGUGAGUUUUUACAACUGAAGUAUUAACCUCUACAAUUGUAAUUCAAAAAAUUAAAAAUUUUGAAUUUGUGAACUAUAUGAUCCAAAUUGUAAAACUUUAAAGUGUAAAAUUACAAUUACACUCAACUAAAUAUAAACUCAGGGCCAUUGUCUUACAAUUUCAGUCCGAUUAUGCUGUGGCCGGGUCCUCGAAGAAUGCAUGUCCUUGAAUAACCGGGACUACAUUGUGUCCAAAGGUUACUUAAUGAAGGUUGCCAAAACAGCAGAGAAGCUGAAUAAGAAUCAAGAGGAACAACGAAUGUCAUUGUCGAUUCUGGAGAACCUUUUUAACCAUUCUAUGUCAACCACCUCAAAGUGAGUUCUCUAUUAACUAUGAUAUCUUACAUUUGAUAAUAAUAUAGCGACCCACACGAUAAUAAUAUAGUAGCAUUAGACUGCAUAAACCACGAAAUCUAUAAUACAUAGUUAACACCGUCAAUCUGACCAUUUUCAGGCUGAUAGAGUUUGGACUUCUCGACCACAUCCUCCUGACCUGCAAGAAGGCUACCGAGAACAAGAUCAUCCUCCGGCAUGCUGCUCUGGCCCUAGUGAACCUUUCCCUCUACAGUAACCUGGAGGCCCGCAAGAAGAUCAUUCAGAAAAAGGUGGGUGUGCUAAUUGUUUUUAUUGUAUUUGACUCGUUUCGUAUCAAUUAUAAUUGUAUUUUGGUAAAAGACAAUUCUAGCUACCCGACUGGCUCUUUCUGCUCGCUUCACAGACCGAUGAUAUAACACGGUACUACGCGUGUAUGGCCAUCUGCAGUCUCAACACCUCCAAAGAUUCCGAGACUGCAGUAGCCAACUCUGGCACCUUGUCGCUGGUCGAGCCUUUCCUAACCGAACAUCAGCCUUCUACCUUCGCCGUUCACGACUACAAACACGCACAAGGCCGGCCCAAAGAAUGGCUGAUAAUGUAGGUUUGACCAACCUUUUUCAAAGCAAAAAAAAUUGUUCGAUAUAAUAUUAGGGACGCAUUAUAUGAACCUUCUUUACAGAGCUUCUCUUGUUAUGUUAUUGUAGCUUCGUUUUAAAACUCUUUUUUAUUACCUAAACUUCAGGCUGCUCCCCAUGCUCAAGUCUAAAUGCAGAGAAGCCAAGAACAUGGCCGCUUUUCACUUUGCGAUGGAAGCCAUUAUCAAAAAGAAUCAACAGAAACUCGAGGUUCUGCAAGAAAUCAACGCCAUCGAGGCUUUAAAAGAAGUUGCCUCGAGUCCUGACGAAACUGGAGCCAAAUAUGCGAGUGAAGCACUUACCACAUUCGGAGAAGACGUGCCUUACAAACUGUCACAACAAGUUCCCAGCUGGACCAACGACGAUGUUCAAUAUUGGGUGGAAAAGGUAAUUUUUGUAAACUUCAUAAAUAUAUUUUUUGCAGAAAAUAUUCUAGAAAACGUGUCAUUUUCCUAAAUUUGGGUCAUAAUUCGAGAAAAUAAGUUAUGGUUCCAGAAAAUACGUCAUUAUUUCACAAAAUAUACCACGUUUCUAGAAAAUGCGUCAAUAUUCUUCGCAAAUAUGUAAUAUUGAGAAAAUGAAUAAAAAUGCAGAUUUUUGCAUGAAAAUUUCUAAUUAAAAUUGUACUUUUGUUUUCCCUACAGUACCAAAUGGCUCUGCAGCUUGCAAAACAUCAUAAUAUUGUUUUAGAUCGGGUUUGGAGAAUUCAAAGGCAGAUUCGGACAGAAUAUGGUUGAUGGGGAUCUUCUGCUGUUACUGACCGAGAAAGAGCUGGAAGAAGAUCUUAAAAUGUCUUCGGGAAUCCUGAGAAAACGCUUCAUGAGGGAGCUUGAAAGUUUGAAAGUAGGUUUAGCUACAUUACAAAAAUAUGUUAAAAACUAAAAUCUUAAUAUAUUGUUAGGCAAAAAACAUCUAAAAAAAUAUAAAUAUGUCAUAGAAGAGUUUAAUGUCAAUGAGAAUUUGUUCUUAAUACCUACAUAUAUAUUAUUAUUUUAGAUCGCAGCUGAUUAUUCAUCCGUCGAUGAUAGCCAACUCGACCAGUUCUUGAUGUCGCUGGGACCAGAGUUGUCUGUUUACACGUAUCAGAUGCUAGGUACAGGAUUAAAUCGGAAUCUAUUACCUCAUCUAACCAAUGACAUGAUGAAAGAUGUUUGCGGGAUUCAGAAUCCGAUUCACAGGUUGAAGCUUAGGCAGGCGUUGCAAGGUGAGCAGUUUUUCAUGUUUACUCAUGUAAAACAUUGCAGAUAGUAAGCAUAUUGACGACAUUGAGGUGGCCAUCCUCAGUAAACACAUCGAUGUCUUCAUUAGCUACAGAAGAAGCACGGGGAAUCAGCUGGCAAGUCUGAUUAAGGUGCUUCUUCAACUUAGAGGAUAUAAAGUAAGGUCUCAUUUUUAUUUUCAAAUGUUUUUUUAAAAGAUGUGAAACAUAUCUUUUCAUAAAAAUUAUUAUUAUAAUUAAUCCUGAAAUUGUUUUAGGUGUUUAUUGACGUCGACAAGCUUUACGCAGGCAAAUUCGACUCCCAUUUGUUGAAAAACAUCCAAGCGGCCAAACACUUCGUUCUAGUGUUAACACCACACUCAUUGGACCGCCUUCUGAACGACAACAAUUGCGAAGACUGGAUUCAUAAGGAGGUAGCGUGAACAACAUUCCUUCCCCAUUACAUACUGAUAUUUUUAGUUGCGAUGUGCUUUUGAUCACCAGAAGAACGUCAUCCCCAUAUUUGAUCAACACUUUGAAUUCCCAGCGGUUGAAUCAGAAUUGCCAGGUGACAUUCGACAGAUCACCAAGUUUAAUGGCGUCCGAUGGGUCCAUGAUUAUCAAGAAGCGUGUAUUGAUAAGGUCGAGAGGUUCAUCAAGGGCGAACUCAACAGGGCUUCAAGUAUUGACCCACAGCAAGGGGUAGGUUCAUUCUUUCAAAUUGCAAUAGAUGAGGUGAUAGUGAAGUAAUCAAAUUAAAAAAUCAGAAACUUUGUCGUAUCAACACUUUUGUGAUUAAUUUUAAAAUUUUAGAUCCAAGGGUCAUCUUCCGGAGGUCCAAGAAAGAACUUGAAGAUGAAUGGUACCUCCACAAAUUCCACCCGACCUACCGUCGCUUCCUUAAACCGGUCGAAACACACAGUAGGCGAGCAGACUAGUCCAGGCACUACAAGUAUCACAACAUUCAAACUGAACCCUCCCUCAUCGUCGAAACUGAGUAGCCAUCGACUGCCUAGUAGAUCGACGUCGGUGGAGAAACAACGAAGGAAAGUGUUCUCUUCUGCCAGUACUUUAUGCUCAGAGAAGUAA